CUGGAAGCCUCGGGGGUGGAUCCUGAGUGCUGCUGCCGCUGUCUGUCGCACAACUACGGCACACUACAGCCUCUACUUUCCGUGGUAUCUGUGGAUCACCGGAGCUUCUUUAACACCGCGAAUAAUUCAGAAACAACACCCCAAAUGCGAUCUGUUAUGACGGAUACCAACGUGGGCGCCUCUUGCAGGACUAUGCACGCAAGAUGAGGAGUCUUUUGACGCUUGGUCAAAAUGUGGAGGUGGAUUCCUGGACAAGUGGGCCACACAGUUCCUCCCUGAGUCUCUUCACCAUUGAGAAAAAUAGGUGUGUGGGCGUUGGUGGGUUACCAGAUUGACUGAAGUGUUAAGGUGAAUCAUCCCAGUGACUGAGAGGAACCUCCGAGCAGGGGCACAGCAGUGGCAGGGUGGAGCUUCCUGACUCAUGGAGAAUUACUUCCAGGCCGAAGCCUUCAACCUGGACAAGGUGCUGGAUGAGUUUGAACAAAAUGAAGAUGAAACAGACACUCCAAUCCUCUCUGACGCUAAGUGGACUCAGAUACUGGCUCCGCCCCCUCAUCUGCUCUCUUUAAACCCCGCCCUGGCCCACGCAGACCUGAGCCCGGGGGACAGUCCUCUUCCCUUUAAGACCCUUCCCCCGGACUUCACCCCCUCCACCACCACCACCCCUCCAUCCAGCCUCUCCCCAGGGGCCGAUCCCAAACGCCCCCCCAGCUCUGAGCAUCCGUCCUGGGGAGAGGAGAGACCCGCAGACAUCCAUAGCCCUCCACUUCCACAACCCAAUAUCGGCAAACUGGUGGGAGCCGAUGAUUUGUCACCACCUCCAGUGAAUUCUUGCGAAAAUGGGGGCUCUCAAGAUAUAUCAUUACGGGAUGGACAACCUGCUUCGGAACAAUUGUCCUCAAGUCUGGAGGAUAGAGGUGGUUCAACGCAUUUUAGUUUUGAUAUAGGAGCACAAAAUGGUGAAGUUGAGAAGUCUACAGAACAAGUUGAAUCCAAACAAGGUAUUUUGAAUGGAGGAAGUUGCAAUGAAUCGGAUAGCGUUGAUGUGGAAAAGGAGGUUAAAGCUUGUUCAGAUGGGGAAGCAAAGCAAGAAUUGCACAUGACAAACGUUUGCAAUGGUUCGGUUGAAGAUGCUAGCUCCCAAGGUCACGGAACUGAGGAGGAAGAGGCAGCUGCGUCCAUUUGCGUAUCGUCCAAAGAAGAUUUGGUAACUGAAGAGAAGGAGAUGGAGGAGAGUAAGCAAGAAAUCCAAGAUGGCGGCGCAGCAUCUGGCAACACCCAAAUGAAACUGAACAAUGGGCGACUACAACCAGUUAGCAUCCCGUACGGAGGGGCGCGUCCGAAGCAACCCGUUAACCUCAAACUACAAAUCCCACAACCUUUAUCAAAUCACGUCCAAAAUCAGCUUGGACCAUCAACGGUUAACAGUAAAAACAAAAAUUUCGAAAAUCAAAAUCGAAAAAGUGCAGAAUUGACAGAGGAUUCAAGUACACUAAAUGGGGAUGCUAUUGCUAAUUGUGCAUCCACAGUGCAGCCCGAGAGUCCCGAUAAUGAUGUCCAGGCCGGUCAGCAGGGGGCAUUAAGCAGGAAGAGCGCACUGGGAGAGGUGGCCCCGGUUUGGGUGCCUGAUUCGCAGGCCCCCAUGUGUAUGAAGUGUGACGUCAAGUUCACCUUCACCAAGAGGAGGCACCACUGCAGAGCCUGUGGCAAGGUUUUCUGUGCAUCUUGCUGCAGUUUGAAAUGCAGACUGUUGUACAUGGACAGAAAAGAGGCUCGUGUCUGCGUGACGUGUCAUUCAACUCUGACGAGUGCUCCGUCAUCGUGGGAGACUCAGGUUUGUCCCAGUAACCAGAGUCCAAACCCAAAUAAUCCCUCUGAGUACUGCUCCACGGUGCCCCCUCUGCAGCAGGCCCAGGCCUCAGGAGCGCUCAGCUCACCCCCUCCCACUGUCAUGGUCCCUGUAGGGGUGCUCCAGCAGAAUGCCAACGAAGUGUCCCUGUCCCGUGAGCAGAGGAGGGUGUGGUUUGCUGAUGGAGUCCUGACAAAUGGAGAGGCUUCAGAAUCUCCCAAACCUCUGUCCUCGCACCAGCCACCCUCACAGUCCCGAGCCAUUUCAAACAAGGCCAACUCCACCGCAGCCAGCUCCGAGACAUCCCAGUCCGGAGCGCCUCCUGUAGGCAGUCCUGUGGGCAGCGCGGUCAGUCUGAUCCCGGAGGACGGACUUCCUCCCAUCCUCAUCUCCACCGGAGUCAAAGGAGGUACGGGAGGCCCCCUCACCUCAGAUUAUGCGGUGGAGGAGCGUCCGUCUGAAGUAGUCCUGAUGCAGCAGUUGGAGGAAGGAGGACCUGACCCUCUGGUGUUUGUGCUCAAUGCAAACCUGCUUGCUAUGGUCAAACUCGUCAACUAUGUGAACCGUAAGUGCUGGUACCUGAGCACUAAGGGCAUGCACGCUGUGGGACAGGCCGAGGUGGUGAUCCUGCUCCAGUGUCUCCCCGAUGAGAAGACCCUCCCCAAAGACGUCUUCAGACACUUUGUCCAGCUCUACCAGGAGGCCCUCACCGGUACCGUGCUGAGCCACCUGAGUCAUUCGUUCUUCACCCAGAGUUUUCUGGGCAGUAAAGAACACGGUGGUUUCCUUUACAUCAGCCCGUCGUUCCAGUCACUCCAGGACCUGCUGCUGCCCAACCCGCCCUUCCUCUUCGGAGUCCUCAUCCAGAAGUGGGAGACGCCCUGGGCCAAAGUCUUCCCCAUACGCCUCAUGCUGCGGCUGGGAGCAGAGUACAGAUUCUACCCGUGUCCACUGUUCAGUGUUCGCUUCAGGAAACCUCUUUUUGGAGAAACUGGACACACCAUCAUGAAUCUGCUUGCUGAUUUCCGUAAUUACCAGUACACUCUGCCGGCAGUUAAAGGAUUGGUCGUGGACAUGGAGGUCCGGAAAACCAGCAUCAAGAUUCCCAGUAACCGCUACAAUGAGCUGAUGAAGGCCAUGAACAAGUCUAACGAGCACGUGUUGGCGAUGGGGGCGUGUUUUAAUGAGCGUGCAGACUCUCACCUCGUCUGUGUCCAGAAUGACGACGGAAACUACCAAACACAGGCCAUCAGCAUCCACCACCAGCCCCGCAAAGUGACUGGAGCCUGUUUCUUUGUGUUCAGUGGAGCUCUGAAAGCCUCGUCGGGAUACUUGGCUAAAACCAGCAUCGUAGAAGAUGGAGUAAUGAUCCAGAUCACAGCGGAGACGAUGGAGGCUCUACGGCAAGCACUGAGGGACAUGAAGGACUUCAGUAUCACCUGUGGAAAAGCAGAUCAGGAGGAGAGUCAGGACACUGUUCACAUCCAGUGGACUGAAGAUGACCACAACUUCAACAAAGGUGUGAUCAGUCCAAUUGAUGGGAAGUCCAUGGAGUCUAUAACCAGCAUCAAGAUCUUUCAUGGCUCAGAGUUCAAGGCCAAUGGGAAAGUCAUCCGCUGGACUGAGGUAUUCUUCCUUCAGAGUGAGGAGCAGACUGGAGGCCUGUCUGACCCAGCUGACCACAGCCGCCUGACGGAGAGCAUGGCCAAGGCAUUCUGCAUUGCUCUGUGCCCGCACCUCAAACUGCUCAAGGAGGAUGGCAUGGCCAAGCUGGGACUGAGGGUCACUCUAGACUCAGACCAGGUUGGAUAUUUGGCAGGCAGUAACGGGCAGCCCCUCCCCCCUCAGUACCUCAGUGACUUGGACUCCGCCCUCAUUCCCAUAAUUCAUAGCGGCGCGUGUCAGCUGAGUGAGGGGCCCGUCGUCAUGGAGCUCAUCUUCUACAUACUGGAAAUCAUCUCCUAGAAACAAGACUCUUGAGGCAUCAUGGGAUACACUCAAAUUAAGGCAUUUCGCUCAAGCUGGGGACUGACAAAAUUCUAGGCAUUUUGAUCAAGCUAUAUUAGUUUAAUCAUCAAAAUGGUUUGUGUAAGUAUUGUGUGUACGGGAAGUUAUACUUAAUUUUCCUGACCAAAACAAGAUGAUUGCAAUUAAACUAAAUAGUCACAUAUUCAACUGAAUAAUGAAUAUCAAAAUCAAAAUAUAUAUUGAAUGUAUAUCGAAAUCAAAAUAUAUAUUUACAAUUUAACAUUAUUUUUAAAAACUGAGCAGCCCCAUUCGAAAUGCCUAGAUUUUUCAAAGUCCCGUGAGAUCAUCAACAGCUCUCGGCUCAUUGGGCGAUUUCGUUGAAGCCCGGAUGCAGCACUUCCUGGUUCCAGGAGGAUAGCAGUCCUCUUCACAUCUAUGCAUCCACUGCAGCUCUGUUUUUAUUAUAGCACCAAGUUAUAGGCCCUCACUGUGGACACCAAGGGCCUCAGCAAUGCAUUCUGGGUAGCAGCAAUCACAUACACACAAAGCAGAUAUUUAAUUAGCUUUACAAAAAUAUCAACACUAAAUUUUGGUGGCAAUUUUUGAUUAAAUGAAGUAUCAUUUCUUCAGUGGUGACAAAUUGAAUCUCGUCUGAACAUGUACUGUUGUGUCGAUGGGCAAGACACUACACCCACAUCAUCUACUACUCCAACCAUAUGGCUGGUUUUGACUGGAAGGGCAUCUGACAUUAAAUUAAAUUACUAUAAAAUUGUUGUACAAAGUUGUUUAUCCUAUCCAAAAGCAGUUUGAGCCCCUCACUUUGGGUUGCCAGAUCCUAUGACUAAACCAAUUUGCAAUAAACCAAAAAUCGUAUGAUAAUUUUUCUUUGUUAUAUGAAAUCUAAUGGACUCAUUUUAUUUGAUUGUAGUGCCGAUUUUAAACCUGGGGUGGGCAGUAUUGAUAAAUGAAUAUAACCAUCUAUUUUUGAUAACAUCAAACAGAAAUUAGUUUCAGACUUUUUAAAAUGUAUUAGUUUCACAUUUUCAAGAUACCUAAACUUCAACUGAGUUUAUGAGUAAAAUUACUCAUAAAAAGUGCAGAAAUUUCCCUCUUUUAGAUAUUGGUUGGCCUGUAUAUUGGGCUGAUAUUUGCACUUUUCAGUGUAUCAGCCAUUAUUUAUUUGAGCUAACUACUCAACAAAUAUGCAUAAAACUUUAUUUUAAGAACACUCUGCAAAAAUGUGAUAAGAUUACGGGUGACUUUGUAACUUUUGUAAAUUACAUAAUUUGGGGAAAAGUAUAAAAAUCGGCUCUACAUAUCGACCCAAAAAUACCGGCAGAGCUCAUCAGCCAAAGGUUUUACUGAUAUCUAAACAAUGGGUAUUGGACAUUAAAAACCCAUAUUGGUUGAUCUGUUUAUUGCUCACCUCGCUGUAAAAAAUAUAAAAAAGACAUUUAUGAAGAAUUGCAGCCAAAACUAGUGUUGAAAUAUAGUUUUGUUGUUCAACAUUUAAACACUACAAACGACAUUGUCAGUGGUGCUACGACCUGCCAUCUAUUUGAGGGAAGUGGACUCAUCAGUUUUCCAGCUUUAUUCUCCAUCAGCACUGGCUUUACCUGGACUCUCAAAGACUCUGUACAUAGUUUUAUACUCAUUAUAACCAAUACAUGUAGCCAAUGGGGGAAAAAAUAUAAGAGACAGUAUUAUCAAGAUAAAAAGGGACUCAAAUAACGUACCAAUAUUUCAUGUCAAAUUGUGAAAUGAAAUCGCUCGUUGGUCCUAUAGAUUUCAAAGUGGUUCCAAUGCUUUAUGAUGUAAUUCAAAUUGUACAGCUACAGCAGUUGAACCUGUCAGUCAUGUCAAUGUGUUUCUAUUGAAGACGUCUGUCCGUGUAAAAAAAUACAACUAUAAAUAUAUAAAUCUAUAUUAGAGAUGUUUUAAAUGCACUGGAUUAAAGCCAUUUCAAGCCUGGACAGCCAUACUGGAGUUUAGCAGUUUAAUGUCAUAAAGUUUGGACCAAUCAGAAUGUGUUUAAUCAAAAAGGGGAGGGUUUUUUUAAUCGAGCAACGUGUGCACAUUAAAGGCACUGUAUCUGAUUUUUACUGUCUUAAAAAAAUCAAAAACAGAAGCAGUUCAUUUUAAACAGUUUGCAGAGGUCCAAAGUUAUUCCUCACUUACCACUUGCAUUCAGAGCAUCCUAAUUAUUCACAGCAAUGAAUUUAUAAGCACUUUUCUCAAUUUUCAGAGACAAGCAUGCUCCUGAUUCUUCUGAUUCCUCACGAUUCUCUGACAGAAAAACGCUUUAUAAUUAAAUACAGACAGUACACAAUGGACAUAUUUUGACCUCUGCUCAUACAAUAUAUCUGUACUAGGACAAAACUAAUUUACCAUGUAAUUUUGAGUACAUGGGGGGAAUAUUAGUUUUAUUAUAAUGACAAAUAAAUAUUAGUUUUAUUAUAAUGACAAGUAAACAAAUUUUUCAGUAUUUUACCACUAUAAAAGAACAAUUUUAACAAACAUUUAAUACUGAAAACCUGCAAAAAGACUUCAAGUAUAGGUGCCCAGGCUGGACAUUUUCAGAAGGUUAAAUUUUGCAAGUUGGACCUAUAGAGGAAUCCCUUUGUUUUGGACUCUUAUAAAGUUGAAUGUAAACCAUAACGAGACUAUAUGUAACUGAAUGGACCUUUUGAACAAUAGUAUUGAUUUUUAUUUAGAAAUAUUUUUGACUGUUACCAAAUCCACUGUUAAAUUAAUAUGUGCGGUUAAUUUACAAAUUUUGGUGAAGCCCGUGUACAGGGAACAGACAAUCAUGCAUUCAACCAAUUCGUACAUGCUAGUUUAAAGUUAAAGCAGCACUAGAUUACUUUUCUACUGGGGUUCAGCCAAUUUCUUGUCUCUAUAUUGCAAAAAGCUCCAUCUAGGCAAGUUAAAAUGUCUUGAGUUAAGGACAAAUUUACCUAGAUAUGAGUUUUUGCGGUGUAUGCUUGAAGGUAAUAUAAAAGUUACUGUUUUUGUUCAAGAAAUGUGGUCAAAUUGAAAUGUAUUUUAAUUUUUUAGCCAUAUUGUUAACUCUAAAAUAAUCUAUUUUAGAAUGAAAACCCAUCCAGACACGGUGAGAACAUACAAAUGUCACACAGAACGUCCCCCAACAGUUUAGUUUCAAUUACUGCCCUUGAACUUUCAAAUUGUGUGGCAUAAUUCAAGCCAGUUCUUUUUUUGUGAUAAUUACUAACAUCUUUUAAAGGAAAAUUUUGGUUAAAUUGGCAUCACUGGUUAAUUGUUGUAACUUUUGUUUGAUUUCUGGCCCAUUUCCAAUUUGUGCAAUUCGUCUUUGUCUAAAAAGGUGCAAUAUAUUCAACUAAAAAGUAGCAUUUUGUUGUGUUAAAUGACAUGGACUUCACUAUAACAUGCAUGCAACAGAAACAAGCCUGGGAUUUGAUCUUUACACUACUCUGAGUUUGUGGAAAUGAAUUGUUUUGUGGUUUGAUUUUUUUUUUUUUUGAAUGAAUAUUGGUUGAAAAGCCAAAAAUGUGCUUAUUUUUCGUUACCAAGUGGACUUCAUCCGCCUCUGUAGAAUAUGUAAAAUAAAUACUUGUAGAAAAUGGG